AGUUCAAAUUCCUGAAACUUCAUUUGCGGUUGAAGAAGAAAUUAGAAAGCUGCAAAGCUUUUGGACUCCAACUGGAAAUUUCAUUAAUCUAACUUGAAAGAUGGAAGCGCAGUCCGAAUCUCAAGUUGAAGCAGACAACGAAUCGAACGCCGUCAAAACCCUAAUCUCAUUCUACUCCCAUUAUCUCUGGAACCGACUCACCUCUUUCUUUCCCUCUUCCCCCUUCAAUUUUCUCGGGAAAAUGUCGCUUCUAUAUCGCCAAACAUCUUGCAAACGUAGGCCUAUUCUCCCUCUCCCACUGCCUUCUUACUCCUCCGACUCCUCUGUGGUUAUGACUGAGACAUCAAGAGCAUUUGAUGUGUUGGAGGACAUAAUGGAACACAUGUUCUUAAAUUUGCAUAAUAUCCAGGAGGAUCUGCAAUUUUGGCAAUCUAGAGCUGAGGGAUCUAAUUCUCAAAAAGUAUACUUCAUGAUUUUUGAGAGAGGGCCACAGGCCUUUCUUAACGGGAUGGCUCAGUUGUUGAAAGAUUGUGUAUCUGAGGGUUCUGCCAUUGAACAACUAUGCCAAUACGCAUCUGCCCAUAUUUCUGAGAGGAUAGUUGUCUUAACUACCUUAAGAUGUUCCCUUGCCACAUUUUUGGCGCAGGUUUACAUGGAGGUUGAAAAAUGUGGGGAGGAGUUAGUGAAAGAACCAGAGAAGUCAUUGCCUUCUUUACUGGUUACUAUUAAUGGUUUCUUCUCGAAGUUAGAGGCAUCAAUUGGCCAUAUACAUGCAAUGCGUCAGAUCGAAUCUUCUGUUGAUGGGAGUUAUGCAUUUCCUUUACUAUUUGAGGAACUGCCAGAAGUUAAUCAAGAAGAGUCUCAGUGGACAGAUUGUGAAAUUAGAGUUUCUGUUAACUUGGUAUACCAAAAUCUACAGAAACUAGAUGAAUACUUAUCUCAUAUGGUUGCCAAAUACCAAAAACCAAGCAAAAUAACCCUACAAUGGAUUCACUACACAUGUGGAGCCAUUGGCCUAUCAGUUUGUUCUAUUUGGCUACUAAAGCAUAGUAGUUUGAUGGGUAGUCCUGAUCUUGAGAAUUGGUUUCACGAAGCAAAGGAUUCAACUCGUAGCUUCUUUAAUGACCAUGUGCAGCAACCGCUUCUGUCUAUUAGAGAUGAACUUUUUGAGACAUUCAGGAAGAGGCACAAAGGUAUGAUGGAGAUUGAAGAAGUGCAGUUGACUUCAAAUUCUUUGCACAGGAUGUUAUUGUCAUUCAGUGAGCAGACAAAAGGCCAAAAGUUCCCAGAGAAUGCAUCAGACCAGAAAAUGCUUGAAAUAGUCAUGGCCAGGUAUGAGAAGGAACUUGUAAAUCCUAUUCAUAAUCUGCUAAGUGGAGAGCUUGCCCGUGCUUUGCUCAUCCAGGUUCAGAAACUGAAACUGGAUAUUGAGACGACGAUGCUUGAACUGGAGCAGAUUUUGAGGGCAAAUGAAAUCAACUUUGCCAUUCUAGCUGCCUUACCUGCAUUCUUUCUUUCAUUUUUCUUGCUCAUGUUGAUCCGUGCAUGGUUUAAGCAGGAUUCUAGAGCAGAAGGAAGGGGAAGAGUUGCUCGGCACCAAAGGAGAUUAAUCAUUGUUGAGGUUGAGAAAAGAAUUAUGCACUACCAAAUUUACGUUGACCAAGGGCUGGAAAAAGAUGCUCAAUGCAUGUUAGGAUUAGUGUUGUACAGUCUGGAUCGCCUGUUUCAUGCCGUUGAGGGGCAUGCGAAAGCAACUGGUGAAUGGCAUGUUUGAAACAGGAUAUUAUCGAUUUGGCAAAGCCUGGACUUCAACUGAAUAUAAGCUCAGGGUAACAUCACGCAUGGAGCGGAUGUAUGACUGCUUGCUUCCUUCACUGACUGGGAAAUAGCUGCUACUUUCUUUUCUUCUUUCAACCUUCAGUGUAAGUCACUGUAAAAUCACAAUUUUGUAAGGGGCAUAUAAUAUUUGGAAAAUGAUAAAGUUACUGAAAGUUAUACACCGAAUUCGUAUACCGAAUAACGUGACAAAUUCUGACUGUUGAUUAAUAUUAAUUUAUAAUGAAUUACGGUCAGAAUUUUGUCACGUCUUUCGGUGUACACCCUUCAGUAACUGUAGUAUUCUUAUAAUAGUUUGGUUUCUGUAGGUUUUUUAUUUUGGAAGAAAAGCAGACUUUAUGGUUUUGUAUAGUCUUUU